UACCCUGCUCUUUUGUCGCUGUCGAACUCAUUCGUCUAUUAAAAACUUUGUCAAACUUUUUUUUUUUUUUACCGUUUAGCUGUAGUGAGGUUUAUGUAGUUUCGAACGCGAAUCAUGAAGUUCUUGUACCUGAAAGGUGUUGUGUUUUUCACCUUCAUACCUGUAGUGCUGAAUCUCCGACUUCUGGAUGAUGGACGCUCACUGAACUGUACACAAGAGGAGGUACAGUGUACUGCAGAGUUCAAUAACUGCCUGUAUAAAGAAUGGCUCGUUCCUUCAGAUUUCACUCCCAGUGAACCGGAUGAUUUGUCAGUGUAUGUUGAUGUAAGAAGCAAUAUGGAAGGUGAUUUGGAGCCAGUGAUUGUGGCAGAAUGGAAAGCAAGGGAUGAUGGAAGCAUAGUUCAUUUGAAAGGAACAGAGCUUGAUGUAUUAAAGUCAUCAACCAAUAAACAUCUGUGUGUUCAUUACAAGUUCCUCCAAGUUUUUAAAACCAUGAGAAAUAGUGCUGGUGAAAAGUGGUCUUUCUCCUUGGAUAAAGUUGUGGUAGAUCCAGACAGCUCAUAUGUAGUGACGGUCUCCAACCUUCCCAAGCCGAAUUUACAACACACCACUUACAAUAUUUACAGUAAAGUUAGUGUUCCAGGUUGUGACGAUCCUUUGAUGAGAACAACCAAAAUCUGUUUUGAGAGAGGGGAGACAUGGCGACCCAAUGUUACCGUAGUAAGGACCACAGGUGUAAACGGCAAGGAUAUUCUGUAUGUUGCAUUUAAUCCUGGAGAGAAUGCAGAAAAAUACAAUGUUUUUCUUAAGUGCAACAGCGACAGCGAAAUGAAGACUCUUUAUAAUGAGAGCAAGUCAUUACUAAAUGUGACAUAUAACCUGGAGAACUGGUCACGUACUUGCUGUAUUUUUGAUGUUCAGAUCCAGCCAUUUUUCCAGAAGUGUGCCAGCGACUGUCGUCAAAUAAAUCUCAGUUUUAACAUAUGUGGUCCUGUACCAAGAAACCCUCCUGAGAAUAACUCAGCACUUCAGAUCAUUUGUGUUGGAUUGUGCCUCUUAAUUUGUGCCAUUGGUAUUUGUGCUAUUUAUUUGCGCCGCAGGAAACCACCGAAAGGUGAAGAAAAGAAACAGGAACCACCACCUCUUGAAGCACCAGUUGCAUCUGGCCCACGAUCCGUAUUAAUCAUCUACUCCAGAGAUCAUCCCCUUUACACAGACAUAGUCUUGAAGCUUUGUGCCUUCCUGCGGGCCAAAUGCGGCAUUGAGGUCAUGCUGGACCUACUUGACACGACUUGGCUCGGCACCAUCGGCCGGCUACAGUGGAUUGAGGAAAAAAAGCGACAGAUUGAGCAGUCGUCAAACAAGAUCUUGGUUCUUUGCUCUCGAGGAGUGAAGGCCAAGUGGGGGGCGAUGUGUGGAGAUCCUUGCAUCCUCCUCCGGGAAGACGUGCGCUCUCCCGUUGGUGAUAUGCUGACUCUAGCCCUUCAGCUGAUUACACCUGAUAUGCAGCGUCCGGCUUCUUACGGGAAGUAUUUGGUGGCUUACUUUGACGAUAUAAGCAGUGAAGGCGAUGUGCCGUCUAUGUUUGACAUUGCGGUCAAAUAUAAGCUGAUGAAGCAUUUCGAAGAGCUCUAUUUCCGUAUCCUCGAUGUGGAGAAGUAUCAGCAGGGAGUGAAGCACUGUAUCGAGGGUAUCGGAAAGGACGAGUACUUCAGUUGCCCCUCGGGCGAAGCCUUACGGAACGCAAUCGAAGCAUUCCAGGAACACCAAUUAGAGAAUCCAGACUGGUUUGAGAAAGAGUGUGUGAGCAGUGAGGAGGAAGUGAGAGGGGAAUCUGAUCCACUUCUUGAGAUCCCCAUGCAGCCGAUAUAUGAAUUAACACCUGUGCUAAACAUCAGGCUCCCAAUCCUUGUGAAGGAGGUAGACAUCAAUCAAGAGGCCCAGAGUGUCUGCUCCGUAAUUCCCCAGAUUCAAGAGAACCCUGAAGAGUUAUCUGUGGUGAUUAUUAAUCCAAGAGUCCAGCCAGAGCACAGUGUACUUUCCUAUUAUCCCCCAAUGGAAUGUUCUCUUGAAUUACCCAGCCUGGCUGGUAUUGGGACACCAAUAGACCCACAAAUCUAUCCAUGUCUCCUCGCUGAACCAGGACCAAUGGAACCCUCACAUCCCUCUUUUGCAUUUCCAUUGGGAGAACCAUCAGAAAAUUGUCUGGCAGACACCAGAAAUCGCUUUUUGAUAGCGCCUCCACCCUCAAUGGAACACAGCUUCAAUCUGCAUCAGGGGAUGGACAUGUCCCAGCCAGUGGAGAUGGAGGAAAGUGAAAUGGAGGGGGCUUCUGAGGCGAGACCAUCACGAGGGUCCGAUCAGGGAUAUGGUUCCAGGUAUUCCACAGUGAGGGAGGACCCCAAGUUUCAGCAAGACCUUUCCUCUCUGGCCAAGUUACAAAUGAACCUCUUCCUGAACAGCCCGAUCUCUUCUGGUUUCUUCACCGAAACAACAGAGAUCUAAAUUUCUUGUAGGUCUUUUGGCUGUUUAUUUAAUUUGCAGUGUGCCGUAGUAACAUGGCAGGAUGUUCUUGAACAGUCUAUGUUUAGUCGUCACACCUAAAACAUUCAUACUAUUUGUGUCAACAGAAACAGGAAACAGACUAGAUGGACAAGUUCAAUGAUCAGCUCUUUUACUGUGGCGC